AUGGGUAAUGAAAUUUCUAAUGGAAAUCACCUAGACUUGGAAUCCAUGAAAAGAUUUAUGUACCUGUCUCCUGGUUAAGUCAAAUUGAUAAAAGAAAAGUUCGACAUGAUGGCAGACGAAGACCUAACUAUUGAUAGAAAUGGAUUGGCUAAGUUGAUGAAAUUGAAGGAAACAGAAGUAAAUAAGGUCUUUCAGUUUUUUGAUAUUAGUAAUGAUGGUAGGAUUGAUAGUAAUGAAUUUAUCUGUGCUCUAAGUCUAUUGAGUUAAGCUACCUUGAAAGUAAUGCAUCACAUCUAUUCUUAGGAAAAGGCAAACGUGAUAUUUUCACUCUAUGAUUUUGAUCACAAUAAAACUAUCACUCGUAAUGAGUUAAUUAUGCUCAUUAAAACUACUCUAACUGCCCUGGGAGCUAUGUCACAGAAGGGAGAAUGCACUAUAUAGGAAGCUGAAAGGAUAGCUGAUGAUUUAUUAAGAAAAUACGAUACUAACAAGGACGAGUCAAUUUCCUUUAAUGAAUUUUAAAGUUUAUUGUCAAAAGAUCAGGAUGUACUUAAAAUGUUAUUGUCGUAUGGAUUAUGCUCCUUGGAAGAUUUGAGGUAAGACUUUGGAGGAUCCGAAUAAGGAGAUGUUCCAUACCCAGACUCAGAUUUGGAGUAGGAGACUCAGAGGAAACACUUGGUCUUCGAUCAGAAAAGAGAAAAGCGUAAAAUUGGAAUUGAAAGCAAUCUUUAUUAGGAUGACCUUACAAAUUAGCAAAUUGGAUAUUAAUAUUACACAAAUAAAUUAUAAAGCAAAGAAAUUUGGAAAAAUCAAGUUAGAAAUGGGCAACCUUCUAAUUGGAAACCAAACAUAGCAGACAUCAAUCCACCAAAUGCCAACUUAGAAUUAGAUUAUAUUUAUGGUUUUAGAUGUUUUGACAGCAGGAACAAUAUCAAAUUCGUAAAUCAAGAAUUAGUCUACUAUACAGCUGCUGUCGGUAUUGUUUACAAUCCCUUAACAAACACUUAGAAAUUCUUCUUUGAGCACACAGAUGACAUCACAUCUAUAGAUGUUCAUCAUGGAAUGGUGGCUACAGGUUAAGUGGGAGCACUUCCUAUCAUAUAUCUGUGGGAAGUGGCAGACAAGAUAGAACAUUCCAAAGCAGCAUUCAAGGGAGUUUUGAGAAGAGGUGUGCAAUGUCUAUCAUUUUCAAACGAUGGGAAGAAGUUGGCAGCAGUUGGAAUGGAUGAUGAUCAUACAUUAGUUGUAUAUGAUGUGGAUACAGAUUCUAAUUAAGCAUUAUUAGCAUCUGGAAAGGGACCUAGAUCUUUUGUUUUUGAUAUCAAAUUUGAUAAAGCAGAUAAGUAAUUGAUUUUGGCUUGUAAGAAUGAAGUCUAUUUUUGUAAUUACGAUUAGGGAUAGAUUAGAUUGAAUAAAGGAGUAUGGGAUACUAAAGUAUGUCCGAUUUCAACUGUUUUGUGUAUUGGUUUAUGUGACAAUAAUGUCAUCACUGGGACUUACAAAGGAUAGUUGAUAAUUUGGAAAAAUAAUAGAGCAACUUCAUCGGUGGAUGCCCACAAAAGUGCUGUGUUAUCGAUUCACACAAGGACUAAUCAGGAAGGUGGAAUUGUGUCUGGGAGUAAGGAUGGUACUAUAGUCGUAUGGGAUGUUAAUAUGAAGGCAAGAGAGAGGAUAGAUGUCUAAAAUUUAAAAUUAAAGAUCUUUAACAUCAAGAAGGCAAGUCAUUUAAUUUUUGGAACAAGGGGUUCUGAAAUAGUGGAGGUAUAAGGAUAAAAAAGUAAAGUUCUUAUGAGAGGACAUUCUUAAGGCACUUUGAGAGGAUUAGUUAUGCAUCCAAGAUUUCCGAUGUUUUACACAAUAGGUGAAGACAACAUACUUGCUUGUUGGUUAAUAAAAGAUAAAAAGAUAUCUAGUUUCAUAAGACUGGAUUAUCCUAGCAGUGCUAUUCAUAUAAGCAAGGACUGUAAGUAUUUGGGAGUGGGGAGUGUAAAUGGAACAGUACUAAUAAUAGACCCAAAGACAUUGACAGUAGCAUACAAUUUUAAAGAUAGAGAUGCAGAAGUAUCUUGUUUAAAGUUUUCGCCAGACACAGAAUUAUUGGCAGUUGGUCAUGAUGCACCUAGCUGUGAUGUAAUUAUUUACUCCUUAAAAAACCACUUCAAAAAAACAAAUGUGUUGCGUGGUUCACCUGCUAAAAUAAUCAGCAUUGAUUUUUCAUCUACUUGUCGUGUAUUACAAAUAAAUGAUCGGAGUCAACAAGUGUUAUAUUAUGAAUUGGGAGGAGAGAACAACUAGAAAAUAUAACCAGACGGAGCAUAUAAGUAUAAGGAUGAAAAGUGGAGUACAUAUACAGCAAUUUAUGGAUGGCAUGUCUAAGGAAUAUGGCCAGCAUUAUCAUUGGGGUCUGAUAUUAAUGCUGUUGAUAGAUCGAAUAAAGGAGAUAUUGUGAUUUCAGCUGAUGAUUAUUCAGGCAUCAAACUAUUCAGAUAUCCUGCAUCCAUUCCUUAAUAAGGAUACUAAAGAUUUGUAGGACAUGCAGCUCAUGUUACAAAUAUUAGAUUUUCAGCAGAUGAUGAAUAUGUGGUAUCUUUGGGAGGUAAUGACAAAUCUAUAAUGUAAUGGAAGUUCUCAAAUGAUAGAGAUGCUUAGAUAGAGUAAGAUUAAGCCUGUGACACUAUUCAAGAUAAUUAGAUCCCCAAAGAAUACUGUUAGAUUACUAUGAAUGAUGAGAUUAUUUAACAAGAAGGAUAAAAAUAAUAUCAAACUUAUGUUAAAUCUACCCAACCAACUGACUUUAAAUGUGAUGACUAAAAAUACAAUGUUCUACCUUAGGCCACUUUAGUCCUCGAUUAUGUACUAGGAAUGAAGACUGAUCAACUAGGUCAGGAUUACUGUAAUGGAGUGAAAUUCUUAGAUAAUGGCAAAAUUGGUUAUACCUGUGGUGCAGUUGGAAUUAUUAUGGAUCCCAUUGCACCUGUUGGAUAACAGUAUUGUUCACAGACAUUCUUUAAAUUGCAUUAAGAUGAAAUCACAUGCAUAGCUAUUCAUCCCAAAGGCAGAAUAAUCGCCACUGGAACAAAAGCAUUUGCCUUAAGUGAGAAUCAAUUAACACCUAUAUAUGUGUGGGAAGCAGAGACAAAGAAAGUUUUGUCUUUAUUAAAUGAUUUUCAUACAAAAAUGAUACAUUGUAUUGAAUUCAAUUGCAAUGGAGUGUUCUUAUUAUCAUUUUCAUAAGAAUACUCUAUUGCAAUUCACGAUUGGUAAAUUGGAUAACUUAUUAUCACUAUCAAAACUGUUAGAUCCCUAAUAUAUGGAAUAUGUAGUAAAUCCUCAACUGAGUUUAUGUCUUGUGGAUAGAAGAGUGUCACAUUUUAUAGUAUGAAUGGUAGGAAUGUGAAAAGUUCGCCUGGAAUAUUAAGUACUAGUCAUUUUGAACCGAUGUUAUGUUGUUGUGUUGCAUUUAAAGAACAAUACGAAAUUACAGGCUCUGAAAAUGGGAAUAUAUUUUUAUGGAAAGAAAAUAGGAAUUUCAAAGCCUAUCAGGGACACUAGUCAAAAGUCAGUUCAUUAAUCCCAGUUGGCAAGACUCAAUUAUACAGUAGUGGAUUAGAUGGACAGAUCAAACUCUGGGAGAUGAAUGGGAACAAUCUUAAUAACAUAGCCAUUGUGGUUGAUAUAAAUGAAGUAUUCCACAUACCUAAAGUAACUGGUAUCAUAUCUAUGGACAUUAAAAAUGAGAAUAUCUUAAUUGCAACAAAUUAGUCUUAAAUUUUACAUGCUCCCUUGAAGAACAUCUAGAAUUUAAAAGUACUAUUAGAUACACAUUAUGGAGGAGAAGUGUGGGGAAUCGGAGUAAGCAAAACUUCACAAACCAUAGUGACAUGUGGAGGAGACUGUAUACUAAGAUAAUGGGAUAUUAAUUAGUAUACAUUAGUGAAGGCAUCCCAACCAUUUGAAAAUGAUAUCAGAGCUUGUGAUUGGAGUGCCGAUGAUAAGUAUGUUGUAGUUGGAGAUGUGAGAGGAUGUAUUUUCUUAUUGAAUUCUAAGAAUUUAGAUGUCUUAGAUAAGAAGAAUUCCAAAGCAGGAUAAUUGAAAUAGAAUUCACAACAAAUAACCAAUUGGGUUGAAGACAUUAAGUUUUCACCUGACAGCACAAAAAUUGCAUUUGGAGUUCAUGAUUCCUACUCCUAAAUUGAAGUUUGGGAUAUAGAAUAAGGAAAGUUUUCUAGGCAGAGUUCAAUCAAUAUUUCAAUGACUGGUUAUGUGUCUAAAUUGGAUUGGGCUGUUGAUUCAAUACAUAUACUAAUUAAUUCAAGUAGUUAUGAAUUGAAAUUUGUUAAUGUUUAAUCCUUAAAGGAUAUACCAGGAACAUCGGUUAAAGAUUUAGAAUGGCACACUUGCACAUCUUUGUUUGGAUUUUAUGUUUAAGGAAUUUAUCAAAAAAAGGAUGAAUAUCAAGUUACUGCUGUUUGUCUUGAUAAACAAAAAUCAAUACUAGCUACAGGAGAAUGUAAUGGAUUAAUUAAUUUAUAUAAAUAUCCAGCAGUUUGUUCAUUCAAUUAACUUCAUAAAUAAUUCAGAGCACAUGCAAAUGCUGUUACAAGAAUUCGAUUCUCAAAUGAUGACACAAAAUUGAUAUCAACUAGUGGAAUGGAUAGAGGUAUCUUUAUAUGGAAAACUGAUUAGUUUAAGGGAGAUUAAGUAAUUAAAAAUGAAACUGUGCUCGAUUCUCUUACACUCCCUUAAGAGAAGAUAAGGAGAAUAGGACCUGAUAAAUAUGGAAAAGCAAGAGUCACUGAUACUGAAAAUACUGAUGAUCAAUAGUUUGAUCAGAUUGAAAAGGGAGAUGACUCUGUUGCUAUUCGACCUUGGAUGGGCGUAGUUAAGGAACCAUCUAAUUUUUUUAAAGAUCCUUUAAAUCAAACUAAAUAGCCAUUAAUUGAAUUGACUUUAGAAUAUGUUCAUGGCUAUAGAUCUAAAGAUUGUAGAAACAAUGUUAAAUAUGUUAAAGGAAAUUAAAUUAUCUACAACACAGCAGCAGUAGCUAUCGUGCUAGAUCCUAAUUGUGAUUCAAAUAGUAAUACAUAGAAGAUAUUUAAUUAUCAUAACGAUGAUGUGAUUUCAUUAGAUGUAUCAUCUGAUCAACUCAAAGUAGCCACUAGUCAAUUAGGAACCAAUCCUAUUAUAUAUGUUUGGGAUAUUAAUAGUCUAGCUAUCUUGGCAGCCUUCUAGGGCUGUUUUACCAAAGGAGUUUCAUAAUUGGCCUUUAGUGUAUCAAAUGAUAAACUAGCGGCUGUAGGAAUGGAUGAUUGUCAUUAAUUAUGCAUAUUUGAAAUCUCAGCUAAAUCCUCAUAAUUAGGAGGAACUUUGUUGAUCAAAGAUUAAAUUGGCAAGGAUACUGUGACAGACAUUAAAUGGAAGAAUGACAAUGAAUUUGUAACUUGUGGUUUAAAUCAUCUUAAAUUUUGGAAACUUGGACAUGGAGGAAUUACUAGUUUAAAUGGAUAACCUUAGGCACCUCAAUCUUUUAAAUAUUUAUGUGCAGCAGUCAACAAUGAUGAUUAUUUAUUAGGUGCAAUAGAUGGAUCACUCUAAGUGUUCUAAGCUGGAAAAAUGAUAAGUUAUUUUUAAUAUCUAGAAGCAAAUCAUCCUUUAGAAGCUAUUAAUGUUUCAACAGAAUUCAUUUUAAUUGGUGGAAAUGAUUCAAAAAUAGUUAUUAUAAAUUCAAAGUCAUAUUAACAAAUUCUAUCAUUUAAAUUAUCGGAAUGCAUUAAGAAUUCUUUAGGGCUUGAAGUAAAAUCUAUUUAAUUGGGUUGCGAUCUCAAAACCUUGUUAAUUUCUACUAAUUCUGGUGAUAUAGUAGAACUAAUUACAACGGAUGCCAAAAUUAAUGGUAAUUCUAAGUUCGCUGUCUCUAAAACUAUAAUGAAUUCGCAUUAUUAUCCAAACAAAAGAUCUUUUAAUGAAAUAUGGGGACUUGCCAUAAAUCCUUAAGAUUCAGAUUAAUAUUAUACUUGUGGAGAUGAUGCUACUCUAAGAUCCUGGUCAAUAAGUUAAAAGAAAAUGCUAAAUAUGAUUAAAACAAAUCUUGAUGGAAAUGGAGUAGAAAUCAGAUAAGAGGAAGGCGGUGAAUUACCUGAUAACAUUAAAGGAAGAUGCAUAGCAGUUUCAUAAGAUGGGAUCUCAAUUGUGGUUGGAUUUAAAGAUGGAACUAUUAGAAUCUACGAUAAAGAAUUAAGACAAAAAUAUGUCAGUAGAAUAGCUAAGGAAUGGAUCAGCGACAUAAAAUUUAGUAAGGAUUAAUCUUGGAUAGCAAUUGGGUCACAUGACAACUCAAUUUAUGUCUACAGUUUCCCUGAUAUGAAAUAAAGAUAUAACCCUUUAAAAAAGCAUUCAAGUUACAUAACACAUAUUGAUUUCUCUUCUGAUGAUAAUUAUCUUCAUAGCAAUUGUGGAGGGUAUGAAAUGCUUUUUUGGGAAUUGUAAACUGGGAAGUUAUUACCAAAUGGAGCCAAUUAAUUGAGAGAUGAAAAAUGGCUCACUUGGACAACUCCAUUUGGUUGGCCUGUCUAAGGAAUAUGGCCUGAUAUUUAAAAUGCCUUUGAUAUAAAUGCAGCUGUUAGAUCAAAUCAAACAUAUACUUUAUCUGACAAACCACCUGAUAAUUAUUAUCUUAUCGCAACAGGAGAUGAUAAUUCCUAGAUCAAAAUCUUUAGAUAUCCAUGUGUCAAAAAGGCUUCAGGUUAUGUACUUGGCAAAGGACAUUCAUCACAUAUUACCAAUAUUGCUUGGUCUGUUGAUGACCAAUAUCUUUUUAGCACUGGAGGUGAAGAUAAUUCCAUAUUCCAAUGGAAGAUUAAUAAGUUGAAAUGA